AUGGUAAAGCUCCAAGAGGCCACGGUGUACUGGGAUGCUGCCCAGAAAAGCGUGAUCCUGAAGGAGGGGGUGAUGGUGAAGGAUGGUGGCGCCUACGGUUACUUCAAUGACACUCUGCUGCUCUCUGGAUGGGGUGUUUUGGAGAUCAGGGCGGGUUUUGGAGGAACUGCACAGGGUGAUGAAACUACAUUUUUUCUGGCUGGUUACCUGGAGGGUUACCUCACUGCUGGACAGAUCUACAGUCAUUACACCAACAUGUAUCCUCAGCUGAUAAAAGAUGAACAGGUUUUGAUCCCCUUGAAAAACUUUAUGAGCAAACAGGACAAAUGGGCCAGAGAGCAGGUGACUCAGAGGAGAAACAGCGACCCCUUGUGGAAUCAUCUUGGACUGAUCCUGGCCCAGCUGGAUGGACUGCAUGCUGGAGCUGUAGAAUGGGCCAAAAGCAAUCAAAGGGAGCCUCUGCCGCUCUUUGCUCUCCAGUUCCUGAAUGGUGUUGGCGACCUCCUGGACCUUGUCCCAGCUCUGACAUCUCGCUCCAAUUCCUCUGCAGGCGCAGCCACUUUCAGGAGGCCUGGAAUGGGCCUCUGCACAGCUCUUAUAAAGGUUAGAAAUAACCCUGGAUAUGAGAUGCUUAUAUUUGGCCACUCUAGCUGGUACACCUAUGCUGCCACUAUGCGGAUCUACAAACACUGGGACUUCAGGGUGUCCGAUGGGCAUGUCUCAACCGGGCAGAUGUCGUUCAGCAGCUACCCUGGUUUCCUCAUGUCUCUGGAUGACUUCUACCUGCUUGGGAGCGGCCUGCUGAUGACUCAGACCUCUAUCGGCAUCUUCAACGCCCCGCUGUUCUCUCGACUCAACCCUCACUGCCUGCUGGCUUGGCAGAGAGUCCGCCUGGCUAACGGUCUGGCACACACGGGAGAGGAGUGGGCGCAGAUUUUCUCUAAAUAUAACUCAGGUACAUAUAACAGCCAGUAUAUGGUGGUGGACCUGAACAAGGUGUCUCUGCGUCACAGUAUCAGCAGUGGAGCUCUGACUGUUCUGGAGCAGAUCCCGGGGAAAGUGGUCCACUCUGAUCAGACUCAAGCUUUACGAAGAGGUUACUGGCCGUCUUACAACAUACCUUUUCACGAUGAGAUCUACAACCUCAGUGGGUACAGCAUCAUGUGGAGGCGAUAUGGAGAAGAUUUCUCCUAUGACCUCUGUCCUCGAGCUAAGAUCCUCCGCAGGGACCAGGCCAAGGUGUCCGACCUCGGCUCCCUCAAGCACAUGAUGAGAUACAACAACUAUAAGAGAGACCCCUACGCCAAGGGCCAUCCCUGUAAAACCAUCUGUUGCCGUAACGACCUGAGACCAAGGAGGCCACGUCCAGGAGGUUGCUAUGACACCAAGGUGACCGACUACCAGAUGGCCUUACAGCUGUCUGCCGAGGCCAUAAACGGUCCCACAACGCAGGGGGGCCUGCGUCCGUUCUCAUGGCGCUCCUUCAACCUCACGACUCAUCAGGGUCUCCCACACACCUACGUGUUUCCUUUCAUCACCAUGACGCCCACACUGCGCCGGCCCUGA